GGAUGUUGGUCUCGCGCCAUUACAGACUGACCCACCGUCUGCUAACGGGGAUAUUAAGUAGCGGUAUGAUGGCGGUACUGGUAGAUGGAUGCCCGUUUUCUGAUCAUAAAGGUCUGUGUGAUGCACCGCUCUAGAGCCUAUGGUUACAGACACUGCAAGAAGUGUUACGCUCACAGCAAGCGGCGACCGUGGAGUGAGAAUUGGAACCGAUCGCAUUGUCGUCGCUAGUAUACACUUGAGCUACAGAGAGCGAGCGUUGAAUGCAAUCGCCUGUACGGGUUUGGAGAGCUCUGUGUCCUAUACUGGAGCAGUUGAACGCUCUGUGCUAUUGAGUCACAUAUCCAUCCAGGGUAAACUAAGACGCGGGACAUCGAGACUCUUUUAUAGUCAUCGAUUUUAUUAUUUAAACAUGUUAUAAGUGUCAUCGAGUGAUGAUAGAGUGUUGUGUGUGACAACUGGAUACACUAUUUUUUUCAGCUCAAGCGGAAUUAUGACAACUGACAGGUGUUUGUGAUAAAUUUAAUUGACUUUUAUAAGUGUUUUGGUCAACGUAAAAAUAGGAAAUUUAACUUAAUAUUGUGCGUUUACUGCCUUUACAAAUAUACUUCACUUUUUAUAUAGGUUUUAAAGUGGUUCAUAUAUGUUAUAUAUCUAUCGAUCUGUAAACAUUUUGAAAAUGAGCGGAUCGCGAUUCCACACUGGAGUUUAAAAUAUAUGGCGUUAGGGUGAUCGAGUUGGAAAGGUGUCAGGACAAUAUGAAUAUUAAUUAUGUAUAUUAUUCACAGAUAUAUGAAAUAUAAGAUAUUAUCCUACAACGUAUCGAGUGAUUUUCAUAGCUUAUGUUCACGGAUGACAGGAAGGAUUAUUAGCAAUAUCGAGAAAGUUAAUUAAAUUCGCAUCAAAUAUUCAUAACCAAAUCAAUGGAGAAAUUUGUUAGAGGGUUAGGUUGAUAAACUCGGUAGAUUUGCCUCCGUUGUCAUAUCUAACAGAGACACAAUGUCACAAAUCUACAGGGAGAAAGACAUUUCAUAUCAGGUAUAUUUAUAAUGUUAAAACUGUGAAUUAUUCCAGCUGGUAUUUCAGACAAUCGAGAAAUGGAAACUGAUCAGCUGCUAUAAAAGGAUAUUUAACUCAUCAUCUGUGUGAUUAAAUCGGAGGUGACAUAGAUAUUACUUUGGAAGUAAUUGACCAGCAGUGGGAAAUAUAAAGCAGUGGUUUUUAUUUCUGGAGUUCUUGAACUUCCAUUAGCAGUAUCUCGUGGAGUACAACUUAAAGGUGCAUUAUUUUUUGUGAUAAUAUAACGAUCGAAAGCAACAAACAGGCAAGUACUCGUACAGACCUUAAAGAAAGCCAAUCAGCUGUGUCUGUGUCGUCACGGUCCACUUCUUUCACUUAUGUUUUAACGCGGUGAAAUGAAUGUGACCACAUACUGGAAGUGAAAUGUAUAUUUCGAUUCGAUUGUUUGGUGUGGAACUACGGACAAUGGAUCUAGUAGGACCUCGUGUGUGUUUUUCCUACUGUAGAAGGAUUUUUUACCUGUGUCUUACCAUUUUCAUCGCUGUCGUUACAGGUUACGAAAGGGUAGCGAAAGUCCCCAGAUUCAAGUUUGUAGAAACCAAUUUAACCUACGUCCAAGGAGAAAUGGCGGUAUUGAAGUGUGCAGUGGAAAAUUUGGGGACAAAAUCGGUUACGUGGCGAAAACUUCCAUAUAUCACGCCAAUAUUGGCCGGAGAAAGACGAUUUGCCGCAGACCUUCGGUAUUCAGCCAAUCAUGUGCCGUAUAAAGAUGAAUGGAAUUUAUUGAUACGAAAUGCUCAAACUUCAGACUCCGGCAUAUAUGAGUGUCAAGUCAGUUCAAAACACAGAACAUUACGGCAAAAUAUUUCAUUACGAAUAAUAGAAAGAAGAUAUAAGAAAGCGAUAAAUAUAACAGGAGCUCGCUAUGUCGAGCGAGGGAUGCCGCUACUGUUAGUUUGUAACGCUACAGGAGAGGACUAUCCACCGGAUGGAAUACAGUGGUUUUUUGAUGGUGAAAAAUUACAAAGUGAUUCAAGGAAACGUUUACGAAUAAGCGACAAAUUUAAUUUGAUUACACACACUUUUAUAAGUACUCUUGAAAUAAUGUACGCUUCAAUGAGUGAUACCGGAAAUUACGUAUGUCGAUCAACAGCGAAGCUCACGACGGGGGUUCGAGUGGAAGUAUUAAAUGGUACGCCUUCAAUGCAUGGCUCGCGAGGAGGAGCUGGCACUAUUCCUAAAAAGAGAGGAACAUCCAAUGACACAGUAAGAGUGGGAAACAAGGUUCAACAUGGAAUGCGUGAUGUAGCUGAUAUUCUACGAUCAACGGCCGGAACAAUAUUCUGUCUCAUUGUUUUACAGUAUGUCAUUAAAAGCUGGCAGCUCAUGUUAUGAUACAGAGGACACAGUUAAAAGCAAGCUCCGACACAAGGAUCCUAGCGGACUUCAUUGAUACGGUUUUGCUGCCGUAAUAGACCAGCGGAUAUUACAUUAUCUAAAUGUGACGUCAUUGUUUUUUAAUUUGAAUGCUUGAUGGUAUUACGACAUAUUGGAUGAGAUAAUUCCUUUAAGAUGUGAAGCAUUCAACCGAACCUGAAUCACCAUCAUUUUGUUAAUUGUCGGGAUAUCUGAUAUUCCUUGCUACUGCAACCCCAUUACUUUCAUAUAAAUGGUAGUGUUUUACAUUUACAUAGUGAAAAUGGGCUUGGAUGACGAAAUGUUAUAGGUAAAGGAUAUCGAUACACAAUAUACAUGGACAGUGAAAUAAAACUUUUAAUAUAUCUACAAUAGGACACCUACUUGAGAGAAGGAUCAAAGUUAUUUUAUCGAGUAUUAAUGUGUUUAACAACACCGGGAUGCAGUACGCAUUUUUAUUAUAACAUCUGUUCAAGUAUCUUGGUGCCGAUCGCAAUCAUCGAUUCGAGGAGAACGGUAUUCUGAGUUUAAUAGCUGAGGGAUUUGUUGAGAGAACCGGCGACUUAUAGCGCGUGGCGAUAAAAAAAAGCCAAUUUGAUGGACUUUGUGAUUUGUUGGAUUGGUCGUCUGAGCGAAUUCCUUGGAGAAGGCGGUUUGCAUGAUGUUGAGAUAUAAAACCCCAUAAGAGAGAACUGUAAUGUUCUUUUUACUAAAUUGCAAUUGGUUGAUGAUAAAACAUUGGUGUUUUAACAUGUUACGUCUUGUCUGAAAAAUUUGUUUUGAACAAUAAACACAGGUGGUCAACCAGAAGAUUUAUGCGAGACCAUUUCUUUUUGUCAACACAAACAGAACACUAUGAAACACCUUGAUGGCAUUUGAUACUUACAAGCAGCAUAUGCAAACAAGAACUGGAAUGCUUACCAAAGAGUGUUGUUUUGGUAACAUGAAUCUAAUAGAACCAUAGCAAAACCAGUUUUGCAAGUGCCGGAUAUGAGGAAUAGUGAUCAGUUACUCCGGAAGUGACGUCAUAACCUGGUUCAACGUAAGCAACAUGCUUACGUGGGCUCAGUUCGGUAUCUAUCAAGCUCAUCUUGACUGUUCUACUUUAGGAAUCUGUGAUACAUUAAUAACUCCAACCCUCUUGCCCACGCUUGGCAGUGUCACUCGUAGUUGUUUUCAUGGUUGAAGGACAAAAAGGAGAUUUUAGUUAAGCUGGGAUAUAGAUAUCCUAUCAUAAAGAUUUAAGUGAAACUUUUAAUUUUCCAUAAGUAUGCAUGCUCAUUUGAACGUGUUAUACUUUAGCAUCACGGGUCAUCCAUCAUAUUUUUGUCAUUUUGUCAUAAAAACCAAUAGAUGUGAGAGUUUGAAAAAGAGCAUAUGUUAAAACCCAUUUCCCUGCAAACCGGAGCUACAGCCACCAUAACAUCUACUCAUAGCCUUCUAUUAUGCAAAGAAGAUGUUGGUGUCCGUUUCCGAUACGAGUUGUCUUCUUCAAAAACAACGUGCUCUAUGUGGUCUUGAGUUCUAACGCCUGUUGUAGAUAAUAUGACACUUCAAAUAAAUUCCAUCGAUGGCAUGUUGUGACUAAGGCUUCAAUCAAACAGUUGUAUGCUGAAAAGUUAAAACAAAAAGUACACAUUUUUGUUUAAAAUCUUCGAACACUUGGCAUGUGGUGUAAUUGGCGGAAUUUACCCAUUCAUAAAAGUUUCCCCUUAAAGCAACUAUAAUUCUUAAACUCGUUGUUGGAAAAUAUUAUAAGGCGUACAGUUUUACCUAUAUUAUCUUACAAAUCUUAAAACUUUCAAUAAUCUAAAGUGUCAAAAACCAUGUUUUGUAAAUAUAAAUGUAUCUAACUCAAUGCAUUAACACUAACAUUGCAAUUUGUAAAGCCCAACAAGAAUGGAUAUAUAUCUGCUUAUGCAGAAUUAUACCCCUCUUUGGGCCUAAUCAUUGUUAUCAUUAAUUGAGGCAAAGCAGUUGUUUCAGGUCUCGUUCAAAUAAACGAAAUUUAAAACAUUUUGAUAUGUUAAAUUGUAAAACUAAAAUUAAUUACACAAAAUGCAUUAAUAUUCUCUAAUUACAAAUACAUAUUAAGGAGGGACAGCGAGUAUAGUCUUACACACCUGUAUUUAUUCAUAUCCUACCUCUUAAUCCAUUUCUAUAUCGGAACUAACAGCCCAAUAUAUGGAAUAUAUUGUUACAGUCGCUUAAACAUUUUUAUCUUUAUUGAUAGUUUUCAAAAUACCACAAAUGCAUAACACUUCAUGUUAAUUGCAGUUAUAACCAUAAAAAUCCACAAACGUCAUUAAUUGUAGUAUUCAAUGGCAAAUCAUACCGAAUACUGCUCAAGCUUUUGUUAAAAGCAACGCGGUAGAAAAAUUAGAUUUAGUGAUGAGGUUACGAACAUCUGAAAAAAAGCAUCAUUAUUACGAUUCUCAUGUGAUAUAUGAUAGUUAGAUUUGGGCCUCUGUCACAGCAGGAAUUUUAGCUUUUAAGAGUAUCACAGAAGCUACACGAGGUGCUUGAACGCACGAACUCUGUCAUUCACACGUUGUUUUUUUAGUAUGCCAACUCAUAAAAAUGGACACGAACCUUUUCUUGCCACGACAAAAGGUUAUAUGUUUGUACGUUUAGUAGAUCGACGGCUUUGUGGAUGCUACAAAGAUCCAAAAUGUAGUUUAAAAAAAAAAAACUUACAUGUAUACACAUAUAGGCUAUACACACUAUAAGUUGUACGUCAUAACUAUGUAAUGUUGAGGUCUUAAACUCAAAUACAUAAGGAAUAGAAGUAUAUAUAACUUUUCUCCAUCCAAAAUCCGAUUAGGAUUUCUAUAAUAUUGUUGAGAAUUCAUCAUUUCAAUGAUUAUUGCUUUAAUGAAAACUUACAACUGAAACAAGGGAGAGAUAUUUAGCAACCGUUUAGAUACAUAAAGCAUAAAACGUAAUGCUGAUUCAAACAGUAUAAGGAAAAUUCAUGCUCGUUAUGUGUCACUAUGUGAGGAUAUUUGUGGCAGUCACUGUUCUGUUAAAUGGAUUAAUUUUGUUCUGUUUUCCCCCGAAAACAAUGAUUUGGAAUAAAUAACAUUGCAGUUGUUCACAAAAAGCUUGCUAUAGUUCGAAAAUAUUCCAAUCCGGUACACUUAAAUAAUAUUUUAUGAUAUAUACUUAUGUAUAUAUAUAUAUAUAUGUAUCAAUAAAAACACUCUGUUUCUAUAAAUCUCUCGGUAAGCAUUUCGAGGUUUCAUUACUUCGUCUGUUAUUAGGUAAAGUGAUGCAAUAUUUAAAAUUAUUAAAUUUGUAAAAUAUCCAUCUGUUUGAUGAAGACGUAACCCUCAUAGGGAAUAUGUAUUGCUAUUAUGAUAUAUACGUGUAAUUGAGAGUGUGCGUUGCUGCAGUCGGCAAGUCGUAUUACAACAAAUCGUCACCGAGCCUAAUGCAAUAUGCAGUGCUUCUAUGAAUGUUACUAUAGAUGAAAUUUUGGACGAAAAAUAACUCAUAUAUCCUAACUCGAAGCAAUGUAGCGGAACCGUGCUGAUUAUUCAAGAAAUAUCGGUAAAUUGCAGAACUGCAGUACAGCUAGACCUAUUGGUGCCGCCUUGGUUCAUUCGGUACAUUUCAUAUCAGGAAAAUGUAUAAUAUUUCAAAUUUAUUGCAUCAAAUUCAAUGUAAAUUAAUUGAAUUUUUGCAAAUUUGACAUAAAUUGUAUUGAUUGGUAUUUCAAAGGUAUGUUCAAUUUCAUAGAAAUUAUUGAUAUCGAUUGGAAUUAUGAUGCAAUUAAAUCAAACAUACAUCAUACUUUCCAUUUGAUUGGUAAAAUUGUUGUUGACAGUACCGUGUACGCUUACAGCGAUUGCAGCACGUGAUUGUAAUUUACGAUUGCAAAAAAAAGUUUAUAUUUCUUAUUGCUUGACUUAAGUACUGACAAUUUACCAUCCACCAGAGCCCAACUGUCCUGCCACGUGUGCUGGUGAAGUGUACGAGGGCUGAUUGCUACGUUGUGAGCCCCAUAUUGAAGCGUUUGAAUUUUCCCCUAUAUAGUCAGAGAAAAGUGGGACUUAAAAAGACCAUCCUUGAAAACCUCCUUCACGAGGUUCGCAACAAAUCGUUGUACAAUAAUGAGCAGCAAAAUAUUUUAAAUGGUUCGCUUUAGAAAGUCACAAGCAGUGGUUCUAUUUCAGACAUUUACAAAAAUAGUAUUCGUCUCUCCUAUAACUCAAGUAAGAACUGCCGUAUAUUGAUAUAUGUAAGAAGAUCGUUGGUUGUAAAGUUUCCAUGGUAAAACAAAACAAUAACACAUUUUGAUUGUAGAUAUGCAUUUGAUAAUAUAUAUAAACAUUCACAAAACAAUAACAAAAAAUCGAAGCGAUUCUAUAUCGAAACUUAGCAAAAUAGUCAUUGGACGGUCCAGCAAACGACCUUAUCUUAGUUGAUCCUGUCAUUUCAUAAGAAAUAUGUAAGCAAAAUAUUGAUCCAUUCUUCCAACCAGAACAUCGUCAGGCAAAAAGAAAUAAUUGGAGUUCUUUCGUGAGACCAUAAAACUAUGCUAUAUAUUAUACUGACAUGACUUCAUUACUACAAACCUUUUUGUUGAGUAAGUAGGACUCUGAUUGGAUGUUCUCAGUUCUGUUUUGUACAUUGCCAUUUUUAUAAAUAUAUGCUAAUUUAAAACAGUUACGCGUGUUUAAUAAUGAUUUAGAAUAACUUCAAAUGGUGACGUGUUUAAACACACGUAAUCACAAAUAUUAAAUGCGCAUGGCUUUCCACAAUAUUAGUUUCAGGGUAGCAUUACCAAAAUAUUCUAGAAUGAGUUAAUAUUCACUCAGUGUUUCCUUAAAGAUUGUGUUGAUUUAUUAAUUAAAAAUAACGCUUUACGUAGUUUAAGCAUAUUUUCAUUCAAUCCAUAGAUAUUGCUUACAAAUGUUUUUUUUACUUUGAUCGCUUAUUUAAGCAAAAAGGGAUGGAAUAGAAAUGUAUUAAAGGCAAACUUCCUGGUACUGGAAUCAUUAAUCUCAAAUCUAUGUCAAAAGUGAAUCUUCUUUUUUCAGUUAGUCAAACUGUGUUCUUUUGUAAAUCAGUUGCAAAUGUAUAUAAUGUAAAUAUUGAUUGUUUAACAUUUUUUUCAGUAGAUGUAUCUAAUUAAUCAUCAUUUGAAUUAAGGCUAAGACCAUUUGACGACACAGGAGCAAGUAUCAUACAAUAAAUCAAACGUAUGCAUGCGAAUGAAUGAAGAGAGAAAGUGAAAAUGAUCAUCUCAAAAAACUGUCGAACUCACUUCUCACAUUCCUCUGCAGAUUGACGUUAUCAUUUUUCUGACGAAUAUGGGUAUUUCAUCAUGUAAUGCCAUUGUAUGUUAAUUCAACCGAUAUUUAAAUUAUGUGUGAAACAAACAUACAUACCACUCAUUCUUUCGCAUGGUUUGAUACAAAAGAUUGAUAUACGUCACAAAAAAAAUGUGUUAUUAGAUAACAAAUCAACAAUGGGGACAGGAAAUUCACCUGUUUUAUUAUAUUAACUGUUAAGACAUGUCAGUAGACAUGUCACCCCAUAUUUCCCUGACAGGGAAUAGCUGCUCCAAUUGAAGGACUAUUGUUUCUGAUCUAGACAUGCUACCAAUACACUGUGAUUUCACUGACGCCAUCGACAGCAUGAACGGUGAUUUGAUUGCAGCAAAUUGCGAAUACCUAUUGUAUAGGAAACAAUUGUAGUAAUAAGAAAAUAUACAACCGAUGACAUCAAUGUAACAAUGCAAACUUAAUAUACGUAUACCAACUGUAAAGGACGUCGGUUGGCGUUUGAUAGCAUGUGUACAUGCCUAUUUACUGUCGUUGACAUGAUUGAGGUGUGUUUACCUAUUACAUGUGUUAGGUAUAUAACGGCGCACAGUAUUGCUAUUCAUUCGUCUCUGACGGAACAGUGUUAUGACGUCAUACAUUAAUGACGUCAACGUUUAUAAAAGAGAUUAUUGGCCAUACAUCUGAGAACAUGUUUGUUCUGCAACAAUGUGAAAUGAAUUGACAAUACUGCUUGUAUACAUGUAUUAUUGAAUGUGUUAAACUCGUUUAUCAAUUUGAUAGAAAUCUAGUAAAAACUCUUUUCAAAUGAAAUUAACAAACUCGUACCAUGAUAUUAUAUUACAUGUACAUGUACUGUCGAUGACGUGAUUGCUAUAUACGAAAUGUAGUUACCCAUAUAAUCAAGAUUUGAUGAAUUGCAAUGAACGAAAUGCUAAUAGUGAUGCCAUCACUACCUAGGGUGGCAUCUUUGCAGUAAUUGAUACCUGUAAAACUGGAAGCAUCAUCACAGUAAUACCUGGUGACGUCGACAUCUUUGCAUAAUUAAUCUGACGACGUCAUACAAUCACAAUCGCUGAUGCCUUGUCAGAAUGUAUAUACUUACAAUAGAUCGAUCUUAAAAUAACGUUUAUAAUUAUGAAUCAAUGUCCGCGAUUUUGUAUGAAACUUCUACCGACAAUGUCGUCCUUCGAGUACUUAAGGUGUAUAUAAAUUUAUUUUAUUGUCGGGGACCGUCUACCGGUAUUUUGAACAUAAAACAAAAUUAAUGUUUUCUAUCAGUACAUGUACAGAGUAUGAUGAAGGACACGUUGUAAUUACGUUUAAAAUGUGAUUUAAAUAUGUGUUUUAAUCCCUAGUUUCAUCUCCUGGUGAACAUGUUGUAUAUAAUAUCAUCAUCAAUUUUCAGGUUUUAUUUAUUUCACAUGUCGUAUUUUAUUAUGCAAUAAAUGUUAAUUUUACAAUAA